AAAUGAAACACCAGCAAGUAAGUGUGGAUUACUGGGCAAUGCUGAAGUCUAUGCUAAUGUAUGGAGUGCUGACUGCUUUGGGUUGGUUUAUGUUGAGACUGUUUAAUGCUGUGUUCUCUCUGCCACGGAGAUUGAGGACCCAACAAGAGAACAUACAGGCUACUUUGGAAGAAUUCCAGCGACGGUAUCCAGAUCUGAAUGUGACGGAAGACGACAUAAAAAACGCUGAGAAAGAAUUGGAAGAAUGGAAUAAAGAAAUGGACGAAAAAAUUAAAAAUCAGGAACAAGUAAUCAAAAGUAAAUGUGAGACCGAUGGUAUCUGUGAAAAAUGUGAUGAACCAGUAGCCCAAGAAGGUUCAGAAGAAAAGAAAACUAAAUAA